AUGCAGGUGCAUACGGCCACAUUCGUCGCCUCCUCCUUGUCGGGCAUCGCGCUUUUGUGCUCUCUUCUCGCGCUCGGCCAGAUUUUCAACAAUGUUCAGGACUACUGGACCGAGUUGGACACCGAGAUUCGCACUUUCAGAGUGAGUCACUUGAACGAUUUCCUAUUAAAACGUUCAUUUUUUCAGCAAGAGACCGACGAGAUGUGGAAGGAUCUCGUGCAAAUCGGCACCACCGCCUCUCGACGUGGUCGUCGUGACGCCGGAUACUCGGAGGGUGGCUACGCCGCUUCCGGAUCUCACGAUGGAUACGGCGGAGCCGCACCCGCACACGAUUUCGGCGCUCAGGCUCCAGCCGGACCAGCUCCGUCCGGAGGCUCUUGCCAAUGCCAGUCGGCCGCCGAGAACAAGUGCCAUCCUGGGCCAGCGGGACCAAAGGGAUCUCCAGGAUCGCCGGGACCGAACGGAGUGCCCGGACAGGACGGAAAACCAGGACACGAUUCGCUGGACGUGACCCCCGAACCUCAGGACACUGGACUGUGCAGUUACUGCCCAGCCGGACCACCAGGAGCGCCGGGACCAAACGGACGACCGGGACUUCGCGGAAUGAAGGGAGCCGACGGAUCGUUGGGCAGACCAGGACACGACGGAAAUCCAGGACAUCCAGGAGAGAUGGGCGCGCCAGGACCAAACGGAAAGCAGGGACCGGACGGACGGCCCGGAGAGAAGGGCGCCGACGGAAGAAAGCCGAUCGGACGACCAGGACCAAAGGGACAACGGGGACCUCAGGGAGAGAGCGGUCCGGUCGGAGACAACGGAAAGAACGGACCAGUCGGAGAUGCUGGACAGGCGGGACCACAGGGAGGAUCCGGAGGACCGGGAGAGAAGGGACUCGAUGGGGGACCAGGAUCCGAAGGAAAGGUCGGACGACCAGGAAAGGACGCGUGCGUUUUUAACCAUAUUUUCUACAAUUUCUACUAAAAAAUCGGAGCAUGCCAAUUUUUCAGCGAAUACUGCCCAUGCCCAGCUCGUGGAUCUCACGGAGGAGUCGGCGGAGGACGUGGUGGAUCCGGAGGACACGGAGGAGGUCACGGAGGAUCCGUCGGAUACGCCGCCGAUCACUAUCAGAACAAGGCAUAA